AUGCUGCUGCUCGAAAACGGCGCCGCUGUCGACAAACCGUCUGUACUGUUCGAUAACCCACUCCAUGCUGCUUCGGCUGGAGGCCAAGAGGAGGUGGUGAGGCUGCUGCUCGGCAAGGGCGCUAACGUCAACACACGGGGUGGAACAUACGGCAACGCGCUUCAAGCGGCUUCGGCUCACGGCCAUGGGAAGGUGGUGGGGCUGCUGCUCGAAAAUGGCGCUGAGGUCAACGCACGGGGUGGAGACUGUGGCAAUGCACUUCAAGCGGCUUCA